AUGACGGUUGCAACGUUAGAUGAAGUGGUUCGAUUAAUAGAGAGUUUCUUUGUUCAUAACUAUCUCCCAUAUUUAAUAAUAGAGGAAGAGAAUUCUGGAGAUGAAGUGGAUUCUAAACUUAUCAAUACCUUGGAAUUAUACUCCUUUGGUAAUUUCAAUCAUUAUUUAGCAUAUAAAGAUCAAUUCAUUAAUAUUCUGAAGAGAGGGAUAUUCAAAUUGGUGGUACUAAGCAUGAUAUCAUUCGUCAAUGAUUUUGAUGGAUAUAAAUCGAAAAUCCCUAUUGACAGCAUCCUCACUGAUGAAAAAUAUGCCAUUGGUAAAGGUUUAGCAUUAAUUGCAUUUGAAUUUGAUGAAUUGAUAAUUUCGAUGAUUAAUGAUAAGUUAAUUGAUGUUAAGAUCGAUGAUGAUGGGUUAUUACUUGUUAAAUCAAUCAAAUUAAGAGAUUCUUAUUCGAAAUCAUUAUAUAAAUUACGAGUACUUGAUGAAUUCAAUGAUAUCCCUAAUCGAUCCUUAAAUCAUGCUUUGAAUAACUUACAAGAUUGGUAUAAUGAUAAAUUAAUCCCUACCAGACAAAGCUUACAACCAAAAGGAUUGAAACCGGAAAUCAUGGUGCAACAAGAUUCAUUACUGACACCAAUCAAAAUUGAUCUUGAUAGUAGAGAGAAUAGUCGCAAACGGAAAACUCCUGAUCAAGGUGCUUAA